UUCUUGACGCGCCCCCGCCAUGAGUACAUGACCGGCUUGUUGGAUCUACCUGUAGAGUUGCUCUAUGAAGUUCAACUCCACGCCCUCUCGCCUUCCUUGCCCCAAGUCAACCGCCAUCUACACAUAGUUUUCUCGUCGUCCCCACCGUCCUUCAAGACACAAUACAUCCUACGACAUGUCUCGGACUGUACAUGUCUGCUGGUGACCAUUGCGCUCCGGUUUCCAAUUUGCUCGGAACACGUCCUCGACAUUGUCUUACCGAGUCAGACUCCGUCGAAGGAUAAUCGUCCAGAAUUACCACGACGGUUAUUCAGGAACCUGGCCCCUCGUGAGCUGCCCUACUCUGAAGACGACCCGCCGCUUCCACUCCUCCGAUUCCUCUUUACGGAUCCACGGGUCCCCGCUCCGGAUGCCAACUCACAUUUGGGGUAUGCGCUCGCUCGGGCAGUCCACGCGGAAUUUAUACCGCUUAUUCGCCUUCUGCUUGCUCGUGGCGCAUCGCCAAGGAACAAGAGCGGCCUUGCGGUUAUGAUAGCGAUCCGCAAGAAAAAGCUGGCGUUGGUCAAGCUGCUGGUCGAGAGGGAAGAGACGGACGAAUUGGGACGACCGCAGAGGAACGCAAAGAAGAGAAAGAUGGGGGAUCGUGUUGAGAUUACGCCCGAAAUGCUCAAGACAGCAGUCAAGGCAAAGGCUCGCGACAUAACAGAGUAUUUUAUGCAGGAGAAAGGGUGCAUUCCUGACAUCCAAACCCUGAAUUUGCUUAUGCGCUGA